CAUCAUCAAACAACACCUCGACGCAUCGUCUACUAUCAUUCGCUUCAUUCAUUCAAACCCUCCAAAUUAUCCAUCUCGCUACACAACAGAAAUCACCACAAUGCAAUCCAAGAUCAUCUCCGUCGUCCUCUCUCUCGCCGCUCUGAGCGUUGCGAGCCAUAUCGAGGCCCGCCAGGAGUCUCUCUCCACCCUCAUCUCGCAAUUCAAGGCCUCGACCUCCACUGCCUACACCGCCGUCCCUGAAUUCUCCGCCUUCCAAUCCGGCCAGGCAGACGCAAUCGUGGAUUACAUCUUCUUAACGGCCUUUGCGACCCCGUCUACUACCGCGACUGCCACGUCCGAGGAGGUUGACACAUCCGCCAUGCUGGCGAACUUGGCCUCGAUAACGAAGGUGGUGCACUCCCUGGACGACCAGUUCCUCGCCACGCAGACGAUCCUGCCGACCGCCGUCAAGGAGAGCAUGAGUGCCGACCGCGCCUCGUUCUACUCGCUGAUCGCCAAGGCGACGGAUCAGCUGCCGGGUGCCGAUAUCGACUGGGUCGAUCCUGGUAGUUUGGAUGCCUCUCCCUCGCCCGUGCCGACUGGCGUCCCUAAAGGCAGCUGCCCGGUUCAAUGGGCUUCCGGAGUAGUGUUCUUGCCCGAUACCGUCGACUGCGCUAGCUACUACGUUUGCAACGCGAAUGGCAAGCCCGUCAAGUUCACCUGCAGCGAGGGCACUUAUUUUGACUUCACCAGGCUGGUGUGCGAUUACACCGCCAAUGUCAAGUGCACUUAGUGGAGGAGAUGGAAAGCAGAUGGUGGCGGGUGGCGGGCGGCGAGGGGUUUUUUUAAUGCAUGUUUGGGUGUAUUUAUAGGACCGUUGCGGGAGUAGAGGAACUGGUUGGAAC